UUAAUUUUAUAUGUUAUAAUUUUGAAGGAUGGCGUGAUGUACCUAACAAUGCUCCCAACGGAGGCUUUGCAAGCUAGUGUGCUUAAAGACCUGAUGGUGGAGUUUGAGGAAAGUCGUUUCGCUUGCAUCACGACCGAAUCAUCGCGUGACGACUCGUUAUUCUCCCAUUUGUCUGGCUACCUAACUAACAAGUAUGGACAACAAGCGACCUGGCCUCGGUGCAUUAUUCUUAACCAAGAAACACUUCUGGAACAACUCAGUGCAGGUCUUACCGCCAUAAGCGCUUAUGGAUUGCGGACGAUUCUUGUUCACUGUACGAGUCAUGAGAGUGAGGCAAUAAUGAAGAUCUUUAAGCUACUCAGUUUUGAAGGAUUGAGAGAAUUCGUGUGGAUAUUUACCGAUAAAGCCAUUGGCUGGAAAGCGGAUGACUUUCCAGAGAGUUCGUUUGGAGUGAAGAAAGCUCAGACGAUUGGGAACGACAGUAUUUUGGCGCUGUCCAAAGCAUUGUUAAAUGACUCGGUGAAGCUGUUUGUGAAGAGCUUGGAGCGCUCUGUUGGCGGACUAUCACACAGUUCAAUGUUACAAUGUCUACAAGGGGACCUUUUUAGCUCCUAUAAAAGAACGCUUUACAGGUAAAUUGUAAUUAUAUAAGUGUAACGGCUAUUUACUGGUAUAAGCACGAUGCAACGAGUAAAGGUCAUCAGUGUACGGACACGGCGCCCAAUGGAAAAUCUACAGCGAGGCAAAAAGACCAACGGUACCAUCCGCGGCCGUUUGCUGACAGUGAGGGUCUGGCAGAGUAAGUGUUAGAGCAUUAGAGAUGCGCAACAAUAAUGUAGCUAUAGUUUAAUGGAAAAUAGCGCGCGGGCGAGCUCUCCGCGCGAGAACGCGCGAACGAGUGGCGAAGCCGCGAGGGCCCCCGCUUUCGAGUCUCCUCUCGCGUGCCUCUCGCGCGUCUACUUUUUACGAUAUCCCCCAAAUGGAGAGCUUACUCGCAGGCUAAACGGAAAAGCUCGAGAUUAUAUUUAUCCCGGAGUGUACCAGCGACCAUCCGGAUGUAGAAUCUUUGCCGGUAGAAGUUCGUUUUUGAUGGCUUAAAAUAUUUUUUUUUUAGGGAAAUGAUAAGCAGUAGUUUUCUUGGCGAAACAGGAGCCGUCCGAUUCAACCCAAAUGGUGAACGCUCAUCCUUCAAAUUUUCGAUUGUGAAAGUCAUGCGAAAGCCAGAAGGGGGACUUUACUGGAACAUCGUGGGACAUGUUGAACCUGAAGCAUCCCAAGACAAUGCAUAUGGCCCCAGUAUGUUUGAGCCCUUUUUACCUAGGGACCUACCCAGACCGCGUCAUUUGAGAAUAGUAUCUAUUGAUCAGGAUCCAUUUACGGCAUUUCAUGACAUGGACUACAGCACAAGACUAGGCACAAAUUGUCCAGCCAAUACAGUUCCUUGUACGCAGUUUGAUGCGGAUGAUAACAAUCCCUCUGGGACACAGGCAAGGAAUAAUAUAUCGCUAUGGAACACCCGUUGUUGUUAUGGUGUCAUGAUUGACAUUUUAAUCAAGCUUCAAGAAAUCGAAAAGUUUACAUUCGAUUUAUAUUUAGUCGCAGAUGGAAAAUAUGGAUCAUUGGACCCGUUCACUAAACAAAUGAAUGGAAUGAUCGGCGAUGUUUACCGAGGAUUUGCCGAUCUAGCGCUCGGAAUGAUAACGGCUACCGAGAAGCGUUCGCAAUACGUUGACUUCACGACACCGUUCAUGGACACCGCGUUGAUGUUUCUGGUCAAGAUAAAUAAAUCAAAAAAUAAAAAUUUUUGGGAAUUCAUCAGCGACAUGAGACUGAUGAAAUCUUUUAGCACGUUGCUGUGGUUGAUGUGUUUAGCAGCGUUUUUAACAGUUGUUGUGUCUGUAUAUGUGAUAGAAAAGCUGUAUUAUUAUAGACAGCACAAAAGCACCUAUCUUCUGCCUUUUGAAUUUAUUAUGUACGUUUAUGGCAAUGUGUUUCAUGUACCACUCACAAAAAUUGAGGCCCAGACUUACUCAGUUCCGUUUGUGAUGGUUGUUGCGAACUUUGCGGGUCUGGUGUUAAUAAGCUCGUAUACUGCAAAUUUACUUGCUUCUCUUAUCACCCUGGAUGAAACUGUCAUUGUUACAGGGAUAGCAGAUCCAAAGGUAAGUGCAGUAACGCGGCUUUAAUGUAAUAUGCCAAAAUAAGAAGGAGUCGUGUUUCGCCCCAUGUAAGGGAGUCCGGAUUCCGUAAUCCAGCAACUUUUUGAGUUGAAGAAUUCGGAAUCCUGGGCUUUGGAAUCCGGAAUACAGUUUAAGAAAUCCGGAAUCCCACAAACGAUUGGAAUCCAGAAUCCAAGUUCUGCUGACAAAGAAUUCAGAAUCCAGUACCUGUAAGCCGGAAUCAACGGUGUGGAAUCUAGAAUCCAUGACUGUCUUCGAUUCCCUGGCGCGACGUGUUUCAGCUGAUAUCCAAACCAUGAAAAACAAGAUGAGUUUAAUAUUAAGGUUGAUAUCGAAUGGAAAACAUUUUCAAGUGGAUCAAUAACCACGGGUUAACGUCCAUUGUGCCCCAAAGUACAAGAUAACUGAAACAAGUAUUCCAAAAUGUUAUAUAACAAGUAUUAAAGAAUCCCAUGCAACUGAACACAGGCAAACCAGUUCAUGAUUGUUUUUAAUGUAACUGAGUCGAAACUUGGGGGAUUUUAUUUUACGAUGACGAGGAACUUGCUUUCAAACCGCCGUCGAAAAAGCCUCUUACUAUGUUUGUUUGUGUUUUUUUCCAUGAAGUUUAAAAAUGGUUUUCGUAGAUCGGAUGAGGAGACGAAGAGCGACACAAAGAUAAAAUGCACCAGAGAUAUGAAAAUGAACACAUUUUGUUAUGGGUAAAUGAUACUAUAUGUGACAUUUGCAGUUAAUGGAGGAAAAUUUAGCCCAUUGCAAACUAUAGAAAGCAUGUUGCAAAGAAGUCCUUGCGGGUCUGGAAGCUACAAUAGGCCAGAAAAACGUGACGCUGCCUAAUAAGUUGCCUUUCAGCAGAAUUGCGCGCGUAUGAGAAGCAGAUGGGAUGAUGGUAACGAAAAUUGAGGAGACUAUCAGCUCUAUUUCUUGCAUUUUUCCUUCCGUCAUUCACCACGUUCGUCCCCUAAGAAACAAACAAUAAUGACGACUGUGGUAACCUGAGAAAACAACCGACAUUUCGCGACGUCAUCAUGGGUUUCCCCGUCAAAUGACGUGUGAGAAACGAACGCAGAUAUUCCAUACAGACGACGUCUCACUACUCAUAUCUGGGUAAUACUUGUGAUUGGUCGCGCCGCGAGAGAAAUGUUCUUCAACCAAUCAGAAGUACUACCCAAAUCUGGAUAGUGACGCGUAGUUAGGAUGGAAUUUCUACUCUCGUUCCUCGGAAGUCAUUUCGCGGGGGAGGGGGGGAGGGAGGACCAGUGGUGGCGUCGCGUAAUCCAUCAGCUGUUUUCUCACUGUGGAAGAAGUAGAGCAUACACUCAACUCUCUCUAAGAAGGACACCUUCGGGAACGGCCUUGACUUACAGAGGUGUCGGGCUUAUAGAGAGUAGGAAUAAUGUGACUCCUACAGUAAUAUUGUAAAGCUGAACCUUUUCGCAAUGAAUACACGUCUGUUGAACUUGUACAAAACAGUAAAAUGACUGAAAGACUGCAGGGACCAACACCAGCUGGUGUUCGUCUUAGAGAGGUGUCCGUUAAGAGAGAGUUGACUGUAGCUGAAAACCGGUUUUCACCCCCGAAGAUCCACAGGCAACGGAAAGACGAAUACUUAAACAUAUUGAUAACCUUCACAUAAUGAUCAACAAUAACUGCGUGUUUUUGUGCAUCUCAGUUAGUAGACCCACCAGAAGGAUUCACUUUUGGAACCAUAAAGGACACGAGCACCGAGGACUUCUUUAAAAAAAGCAAGAGUGAAAGGCUGAGAAAAAUCUACGAAAAUAUGAAAGAAUACAACGUGGAGAAUUUUGCUGAAGCAGUGAAAAAAGUUAGAACAGGGUAUGUUUAACUGAUGCAUAACACCACGAAACCAUAGUUAUUUAAGACACUUUUACGUAUCGUUCAAUAACAAGUUUGACCAUGAUAUUAUAGAAACCUUGUUUCCAAAAGGUAAAUAACCAUUUUCCAGGUGAUAAGUCUGGCCUUAUAAACUACUUAUUAACUUCGUCUGUUCGGUCAUUACAGGGAAACUGAUCUCAGACUGAGGCCUUGAUGUAUUGACCGAGCGAUAGGGAGGUCAAUACAUUGAGGCCGAGAAAAAAAAGGAAAAUAAAUAGAUAAGGAAAAAGAAAAAAGCUACACUAAUUUAAGUUCCAAAACGAGUCGUAUUAUAGAGGUUAUGGUACUUGCAGUUUGCUGACUAGGACCCUCUCACAUUUUUGAUGUUGUCUUUUAACCUGAAAAGAUCACUUGUUGAAAAAGAAAAUAAUCAAAUAAAUUGCCCUCACUGGCCUAAUCAUUGAACAACAUCAUAUCUUUUUUCUUUUCCAGCGAACUAACAGUCUUCAUCUCCGAACUAGGCGCCGGUGAUGAAGAUCCAAACUGCGAAAUAAAACAAGAUGGACUGCCUUUCGAGCUGGGCGGAUUGGCUUUCGCGUUAACGAAAAACUCUUCCUGGAAUCAUCCUCUAUCUCAUGCAAUCCACAAACUAAAAGCGGAACACAUUAUCACUGAGAUAUUUGGCAGAUGGACACCGUCAAGAUGUGAAAAUUCUCAGCAAACUGUUGUCGCGCAUAAGAUGGGCCUUGACGAGUUUGGAGGGUUUUUGUUCAACACGGCAAUGAUAAGCUUGGGAUGUUUCUUUAUCCUUUUGGCCGAAAUAAUUGUUUAUCACAGAAUAACCAGAAAUAGGAAGAGCUUUAGCCCGCAGCAAAACGGAGUUGCGAUGAAUUCAUUCAGACUGCCCGAAAGCACGUCGAUGAUUAGUAUAUUAAACACUGAUACAAGUGCAACUGUAAAACCUAAAACUAUUACUGAUCAACACCAACCACCAUAACUUUAGUCAUCUGGCCAAAAAAUCAGUGCUACGAGAUCAAAAGGACUGAACUCGUCAUGAUCUCUUAGUGAAGUGCUAAGCGGGAAGGGAGACGCUAGUCUAAAUGAAUGUUUACAAUGUUUGUCUUGCACCUGAUUUGGAGAGAAAGCGACGCCGGCUUGAUCUGACUGAUCAGCGAUCACUUAAGGUUAACCGCUAGGAAUACGCAUAUAAAGGACUGCAAAUACAUUGUUGUAAAUGUAUUUUGAGGAGAAAAUUUCAGUAAUAUAAUGAAAUGAAUUCGAGUUAGAAAUUUUGGUAACAAGUCGCAAGAGGCGGGUGACUCUUCUGCCCGUGACAACUUUUUUAUGUUAACGGCGCCAAAGUGUAUAGUUAAUUAUUGUAGACAAAAAGUGCAGCUCGAGCCAAGAUCCUCCUAAAUACCGCACCAGGACAAACAUGAACACUAAAGAGAAUUAUGGUAUUUUUCGGAAAGGUCUAUUAUGAAGAGAAAAUGUGCAGCUCGCGCAAAUAAACUCCUGAAUAAUAAGCUAAACCUGCAAAUUUACGAGAAGUAUUGCAUUUUCGGUAAGGCCUAUUAUGUCAAACAAAACAGGGUUGGAAAAGAUGACAACGUUUCAGCUCGACCAACAAAUUAGAUCGUUAGUCCUUUUAGGUUCGAACAUUUUAGUAAAUUUCAUUAAAUCAACAGUAUUUGCAAUAUCGUAGACUUUCAACAGUGAAAGAAGCAAGCUUAGAUUUGAAGCACUUUGCUUGGUUUUAGCACUCUAAGGAUUCUGGGAACUAGAUUGUUAAAGCAUGCGCAUGAUUGGAUUGUUUUGCUCGUUACGCAUCCUUGACUAGACUACUUCGGCCGACUUUGCUCUAUCCUACGGUCAUGUGCAGAGGAAAGGAGAAAUAGGGUCUCGAACGCUCGCUAACCUCUAAAGAAAGAAAAAGGCGGCUAUCAUAUUCUUUCAUAUUACAUAUCAUUGGCGUGGCAGAAUUACAAUAACCGACUUUGAUAGGUUAACCAGAUCAUAAUGAAGCAACCAGCGUGUAUUUCCACCUCGCUGGUAGAUAUGUGUACACUGGUUUGAGUUACACGUCUAUAGCAAGGCUGAAUGUUUUGCGACUUGUUCAGUUAGCAUUCCAAUCAAACUUGGACAAUCGAUCAAAAUUAAAAAGAAAAAUUGAUUAUUUAAUGUUGAUUUAAUAAAAUCGCCGCCAAACGACAGGUAUGUACAAACUGUUCACUCACCCGUUAAACUGAAUCGCGUCAGCUUGACAAAAAAGCCUUGACCAUUGAUAUAAAGUCAGCAGGUAUCCCAAACGAGCAACUUAACUAUGAAACUGUGUCGUGUGUGUCGAGCUCGUGUGAAAAUAAAUGAAUAGAUCUCUCUGUAACAUCCAAGUACACAACAAGUGAAAUCAAAAGAAUUGUUUAGGUAAUCAAGCACAGGAUUAAACACCUGACUCAGCGAGAAAUCAGUAAUGAAGCUUUUGUGGACGAUUUAUUUCUCCGCUUGGCUCGCACUUGUUUAUCUAUUCACAGUGUCAGCUUUGCCAGGUAAGACAAAAGAGUUUGGUCCCUUGCCGGUAGUGUUAACUAUGAAGUGUUAUUAACUUUAUUGAGCUCAUACAACUGAAGGGAAAACUCAACCGUUGAACAAUCUCUUUGAAGACCCUGAAAUAUUGAAACUACCCGAGUUCGUUAAGCACGUGUAACAACUGAACACUGGGGCGUUUUCACUUAAAGACUAGUGUUUCCUUUCUAAGAAAGUAGUAGCGAAUAAAAAAGAGAUCAAUUGGUUACGCAGGUGUUUUGUUUCCUUGUUUUGAUUAAACAUUUGUUGCCAUUUUGAACAAUAAGCAAAAGACAAUCGCGGCGUAUUUCAAAUAUUAGAACAACAUUAAAAUCACUAAGCACAUUAAAUAUAACGGUUCAUCAGCCACAAGAAUUCCUAUAAUUAAAUUACAGCAAAAAUGAAGACUUCACAAUAGCCCUUUUGGAAGAGGUAAUAAGGCUAUUGUUUUGUAUUAGCGUACUUGUAUAUAGUAUUUCAGUUCUAAAAAAAAACCUUUGUUAUGUCUCAAGAGUUUGUAAUUCAUUCCUUAAGUGUGAAGUUUUCCUUAAGAGCUAUCGAAUAGUUCUUUUUUUAUGGACGUAUUUGUUUUUCAUUGACCUGGAAAUGUUUAGAAUUCCCACCUUUGAAUUUAUUUGCGCCAGGGUUAAAACGCGAGGAUGAAUUUUGGGCGUUAACCAAGAAAUGCUUGGUAGACUCACGGCUCGUAUUGUUUACUGUUUUGAACUACAAACUUGUAGACUUAUAACCUUUAUUUUAUUUCCCAGGAAAUUAAAAAUUUGAAAAUUUUCAGCUAUGAAUUAUACAGUGUCAGAGUUAAAUUUCGUUACUCGAAUAAUUAAUAAAAGUAACCACCGACUGGACUGAAGGCGAGGGUAAGUUUUGGGCGCUAUCCUAGCAAUGCUUGGCCUAGACAUUGCUCAAAAACCGUUAAAAGUUCUAAAUAGUUUUUUUGCUUUUCGUUUGCGACUAGGCAAAAAGUGUAAGCAAACAGGCUUUUACAGCGUAAAUGUCAACAAAUGUGUUGCUUGAAACUGACGGUAAUAGUCAAGUCGGUUAAGACAGUACAAUAGAAAUAAAUCAAAUUAAAACUAUAAGAUACAAAAUGGAAAUCUAAUUAAUGGCAUAAAUAUGGUUGCGGUUUGAAAGAGUGAAAUGACAUCUGUUCAUUUUUCCCUACAUGCAAAAGUGGUAAUAGUAAAAAAAUGUCAUACAAAGAAUUAUUUCUAUAUACAGUUCAAAUUAAAAAGUUAGUAUAGUCAACAGCCCCGGUGCGGACAAAUCGCUUUUGUGGCAAUGCUAGCCAAAUCACAGACAGAAGUUAGAUCGUGGCCACGGAAUAACAAGCCUUCUCUUAGGAAGAACACAAUUUAUAAUAAUCGCUUUUCAGUUACCUCGCUGUUAGAAAUUGCACCAUUGUACUCGUUCGUUGAUAAAUGUUAUCACAGAUAUAACGCCACAAUAUUUUUGCAGGUUAUCGUUUUGUUUCACAGAACACUGUGUAAAUAAAACGCGUGAUCAGACGUGUUUUUAAAAGAAUUAACUCUAUCAAAAGAAACAGAAAACGAAACAAAAACUAUAAUUGAGAUGUACCAGGAAUCAGAUUCGUUGUAAACAUUUAAACUUUGCGUUUGGUCAUGCAAAAGAGAAAAAAAAAGAUCCAUUUUUCAAUCAUGUUUUACUUUUGUUUGGCGGACAAAAGAUUCACAUAUUUUAAUGCCCGUCUGUAAACCAAGAGCCAAAUGGACGACUGCUGUGCUACAAAUGGUAUUUAAACCAGACGAUUCGCAACGACGAUUUUAGUGCAACAUUAAACGCGCACGUUGAAGAGUUACUAGGAAGAAUAUAGGCGCCAGGGAGGUCAUUAAACACGCUGCGGGCUUCUUGUUUCUGCUUUAAAAUGAGCAUGCACGCUUCGUUACCCAACAGUAAUUUGCCUCAGUAGCAAAACCGUGAUCACCGAAAACGGAAAACCAGUGAGACGAUUCUUUAUUAAUUUCCUACUGAUUAGCUAGGAUCUUAUCGAAACCUUACAGUGAGAAAGUUGGAAAAUCUGCGUGCAGUUUCUGGAACGUUUUCACUUUCUUUUUAAACAAUAGUACAAGUAAAAACAGUCAAAAACAUUUUGAGGGGAUGACCUGACUGGUUCUUUGCGCAUGCCUGUCAGUCAAUCACUUAACACUAAUAAGGAAAAUCCAAGGCAACGAAUAUCAGAUUAUCUUAAAAGAAGACUUUAAAAGAUCGUAUCACAUUAUUUCAAAUGCGCUAAUUGUAACACAUGAGUGCGAUGAAGGUGCUAGAUUGCUGCUCGCCCCACUGCAUUUGGUAAAUCAGUUAAACCCUGUUAAUACGGAGACUGGGGGGGGGGGGGCAUAGAAGUGUUCGUAUUAAGCGAGUUGAAUUUAAAAUGUAAGAGCUAGGGACAAGAAGAAAUGGCCUUAAUAACCUAUUAGUAUUAAGCCGGGUUGAAUUUAGACAAAAUGCGAGUGCUUUCUUCCCCGAGGGGCAAAGCAAACUGUCCGUGAUAACGAGGUGUCCGUAUUAAGCGGGUUGAAUUUACACAAAAUGCGAGGGCUUUCUUUCCCGAGGGGUAAAGCAAACUGUCCAGAAUAAUGAGGUGUCCAUAUUACGCGGAUGCAGGGGUCCGUAAAACGAGGUUUGACUGUAUUUACGUUUAGAUGACUUCCAGGAACCAACCAUUCUUGAAAAAAAAUAAAAAACCACUUGCAUUAUAAAUACCCAUUUGUGAGUGGAAAUAUCACAGCAUUUUUUUUCCUAUAAAAACAAGCACUAAACCCUCUCAGCCUGCUUCGUUGUUCGCUUGAUAUGAUUAUACUCUUCAUUCACAGACUUAAAGUACGAACUUCUUGGAAAAGCAUGAUAAACAGUACUACUGAAAAGGUCUGCUCGGUAGCUUUCAUUUGAAUGGUCACAGCCCAAACUUUUACUCACAGACUCGAAAGUUGCAAUCAUCUUGAGUAUAGUAAAAGGGAAGCACAGUAAAGUUAUGUAGCCUCUCAGUUCAUUUGAAUGGUUACACUUGGGGAUUUCACUUACAGUCUUAGAUCAAAAAUAAAGGUCUUGUUUUUAAAUUCUUUUCAGCCAGCAGAAACUUUACAGUAGUGAAGUUGUUCCCAUCUCCUGUUGAGAAAAAGGAUCUCGGGGGUAUCUCGAUGCCGCCGGAUACCGGAAAAGGUCUCAUGGCCGACCAAAAAUCAGCCUCCCUGGGUGAAUAUGCCGACGAGUUCCGCUUUCAUAGGCCUGGGUUUGAGCACGUGCCUGGAAGUGUUUCACUGGAAUCCGCUGCAGAUCCGGGACUUUAUCUACGAUACAAGAAUUACAAGUUUCAUUUGGAAAAGGCGAAUCCCUCGGGAGUUUUUGGUAAGGCCUGUUUCAAACGUCGUGCUACUGCCGUGCUAAGCUGGUUCGACUGUAGCUCGACUGCAGCACGACACUAGCACGACUUGGUUUCAGACGUCGCAUUUAAUUCAGUCGAAUAGAAUGGCUGUUGCCGAAAGCAAAAUACAAUAAUAAAGAAACGGUUUAGCAAACUUUUAAAUGUACUUUAAUGUAUUUCUAAUUUAUGAAUUGAGUUCGGCACGGCAGCAGCGCGACGUUUGAAACCAAGUCGAACUACUGCCGUGUACCACGGCAAAGCUUGCCGUGCUACACGGCAGUAGCACGACUUGGUUUCAAACGUCGCGCUACUGCCGUGCUAAAGUCGAAUUUAAUUGGAUCAGUUUAGUUCGCCACGGCAGUAGCACGAUGUUUGAAACGGGCCUAAGACACUUGGUGAAAUACGGUGCGUUACGUAAACGACUGUUGCAGCUCUUUAAAUUCACAAAAGCAGAAUAAUUUCGCUGAGAUCGUGUUACGCUAAAUUCUUUUUUCCAGCUUUCGACACCUCUUCGAUUUUUCUAGACUUCUCUUCUUUUAGAUCUAAGAUAGAUAUUUUUUGAAAAGUUUUAAUUUAGAGUAAAUACCUCACAGCCUUAAAGCUGGAUUACACAUUUAAAAAAGUGAAUUCCGUUCCUUAAAGCAAAACAAACAAACAAAAAACAAAAUCCUGACAAAAUAAGAUAAAAGUUAUGUGAAAAACGGACGAUUUGGGUCGACGCAGUAAAAAAGUAAAAGCAAAAUUUCAGUUGGACAAGAAAGUGAAGCCGUUUUUUGCAUCGUCUCAUCAAUAGACUAAGCACAGUCCUCUAUUUUUCCUUGUGGUCGUCGACAUCGAGCGCUUUGCGUUACAGGCGGCCAUCUUGGUUCCAAAUGUUAAGAUGGCCGCCCGUACCGGUAAGCGCUCGAUGAUCCUACGAUAAAAUAGGGUCUUUGAACAGUCUAUUUGAUCAGUUAACGAAAGCCUAUUUUCUAAGUGAAUCAGGUUGAUUUUGAAGGUCGCGUAAUGGUCAGUAAAAGUUAGUACUAGGAACUGAAUUAUACUGACAAAAUACCCGAAUUUUCAUUCCAGAGAAAGAUUCGACAUUCAUCGAAAGAAAGACUCAAACUAAAGGAGCAUCUGCUUACGAACUUUUUAAUCAUCCAGGCUGGUUCAUGUGUCAUGAUACCAAAAGUAAAUUUGGUCUCGUUGCGAAGAAGCUCGAAAUAGGAAGCAAUGAGUUUCUCGUAGGAUGUUUAUACAUGGUUGUGGCACAAAAUCCAACUCGCAAGAAGAGCUUUGUGGGGAAGACUAUGAAAGAAGAAGACGCAUCCUCAAGGCAAAGUAUUCACAACAUCACGGACAUUAUUUCUAACGACGUUUCUGUGAAAAAUUUAGCGAAACAACUUGUUGUUGGAAAUGGGACCGCAAACCCAGUUGAUAAAACUAUAGGACAUGUUUUGAGCAAGAAAAAUGGGACAGCUAAAAACGAUCAAGCAUCGUCUAAACCGCUAUUAAAUUCGACUUCGUUCGGAAACACCACCGCGACCAAAACUAUGGAUAAAGCGUCGGUAAAUAAAACAGUCGUGAAUUCUACGAAGAAAGCAACCCAUUCUAACGUCAGUAAACCACUAAAUGACCAGAAAGCCUCGACAGACCCACUUGUAACAAACUUCACACAAAACACGCCAAUGUCGAAGACAGGUUUUCAAAAAGAGACGAAUGGUAUGGCUGGUGCCCAAAAAGGAAAACAGCCGUUGAAAACGGAAGAGAAAAAAGGUCAGGAUCCUUCCGCGGGACUUUCGCAAAGUACAAAAAAUAAUGGCAACAAAGACUUGGGGGCAAAACAAAAGAAUCCAGUUUCUGGGUCUAAAGCAGAGGGAUCAGUGGCAGACGAUUUGCAAAACGCUUUACAGGGUGCUUUUAUGGCUGCGAAACAACCAGCCCAGAUGGAACUUAGUACAGCUCAGAAUUCAAACCUUGGAAAAUUAGAAGGUCCUGCGUUAACAAAGUUAAAUCAUCAGCAAAAGAGUGCAAGUGGUCAGCAUCCACUAGCGCUAAAUAAAAAUGGACCAAAGCAGUUUGAUCUUCAUUUCGAAUUUCCGACUGACAGUCCAAACCUUUCUGGUCCAGCUCAGUUGUCACUUCCUGGUCAACUGGCACAGAUUACAGCCAAGGCCUUAGGACUUUUUCAAAACGCCGCACUGAAAAACGGUCGACAGGGAACACAACAAAUGGGGCAGCACUACACAAAAGGGGCUGCUGGUUUACCUUUUUUACAUAAACCACAACAUCAACAAAGACCGCAACCUCAGGCAUUUCGCCAGCCUUUGCCUUACCUAAAUCAACAAAUGCCCCUGCGAACAAAACCUAUUAGUAAUCACAUCUCCCCUCAAGCAAGCCCUCUUGGCCCUAAUUUCAUAAAUAUGCCCGUACGUUCAGGAAGACCAUUGCAACACCAGUUCGCAGUUAAAAGUCCCGGAGUGCAGACACAAUUUCCAUACACACAAUUUCCACUGCUGUACAGAGGUUACAAUUAUCAGCAUCCCAUAAGAUCCGAGUGGCAGGGAAUAGCCUCCGUUGGAAAGCAGAGCUUAGAAGGAAACAGAGUUCAGUAUCAGCAUAAUGCACAGGGAAUAGCGCAAAAUUUCCCGCAUAAAACCAGCGAAAACCUAGACAAUGACAGUAAAGAUUUAGAUAAACAAGGUGAGAGAAACUACAAAAACAAGGUAAGGCAAAGGACGUUUCAAAACUUAAAGCUAUUCGCAAAUCGACAUCUAUUCUUUUGCACUCUAAAUGAUUACUUGUCCGACCAGGUCAUAACAACAAUUAUUCUGUGGCCUAGUUUGUUCUUGUUCAAUAUAGGGAAUCAUUUUGUUUUGGCGUUUCAACACGAUUUUUGUGUUUGUAUGAGAAUAAACAAUUUUUGCUCCAUUUUACAUGGCAAGCGAAGGGAGCCGCGAGUUCCCUCGCGUGACUACUCGCGACUCCCCCAAACGCAGGCUACAAUACAAUACAUUUAUCAUAACAAUCACUGUUAAAAAGUUACCUUAAGAAAACUCUAGAAACGCAAAAAUGUUCAAAGUUUAUUUUUUGGUAAAAGGAUUUACCCGUAGUGAGCAAAAAAUUUGAAUGAUUUACGAAAAUAUUUCAAUUUUCCAUGAGGAGACCCACUUUACUUUGAGAGCUGUAAGAACAGGUUAAGUUAAUUCUCUCCUCAGACAAAUGCAUCAGUCUUAAAUUCAUCAAUAAAGUUCGCAAGCCUAUCCAACUGGUGUCUAGCAUGAAGCUGGGAGGCUACCUCAUCACUGCAGAGACCUUUAAACUCAAGACUGUCUUUAAACACCCGCACAAGCACCAUCACGUGAUCUUCUACGCGCGUGACGCCGAUGAUAAAGACAACGAGGUGAUGCUAAACAAUAAUAACGCAAUCGCUGUCACGCCAGGAGGAUGUGACCUACCAUUCAGGACUGUGUUGCUGUCACAUCAUGGACAAAUAUCAAACGACGGUGGGUAACAACGGAAGACUUGGAAACUGCACACCUACCCCUCCCCUAACUUCCACAGUAUUAAAGCUGGGUUAGGGGAGGGGUAGGUGUGGAGAGUUCCCAGAAUCCCAUACUGAUUCUAACCCAUGUGAUAGGAGCUUAAGCAAACGACAACAGCGACGGCAACGAGAACGGCAAAAUUAGCAAAACAACAACUUUGUACGUGCAUCACGCUUUUUUGUACAUUUCUUUGCCGUCGUUGCACAACUACGACGUGAAACUUCCUAGUUUUACUUUUUAUGGGGGACGUGAAUGCAAGAUAUCGUCCUUUAGAAACAACUUCAGAAGAAUUCCCCAACAAGAAACAAAUUACACUAGAGUAAUAAAGUUCCAAAUGGCGCGAACUGAGAUUAAAAAGUCAAAACGGGCCCUACGAUGAACUCGCAUCCCGUCCGAGUGGGAGUAGCAAUACUUCUAGGCAUGCUUCAUGCUAAGGAAACCGGGAUAAGCUCCAGUAAAUUGUGCCUUUGGCUCGUGUGCGCCUUUACCUUUUUUCACCUUUAAAAAGUCACGUCAAUUCUUUAUGAAAUCUACUGUCGCUCCCAGCCGAAGUGCGACACGAAAUCGUCCUGUGAGAUGGAUUCCCAACGCGAAAUUGUAUUUCGUGGCACAUUGGGAUGUAAUACAAAUUAAAAUCGCAUUCUAAGAUAACUGACUGAACUCUUGGCAGAAAUUGAACAUCUUCGCGCAGCAGAUGAGUACGAAGGAUCAAGAGAAGCAGCAAGGAAAACUGUCAGAGGAGACGAGAACUUUUCACAAUGGACCGCUUUUGGAUUAUGUGCGGCCACUUGUGGAAGGAGUAUACAAACAAGAACACGCUACUGUAUGCCAGGAAAGAUCUGCAGUGGAAAGACUCUAGAGACAAGGACAUGCAUACAGACGCCAUGCCCAGGUAAGAUGUUUUCUGUUUGUUUGUUUGUCUUGUCUUGUCUUGUCUUGUUCUGUUUGUUUGUCGGCAACGCGGAACGAGAAAUCUAUACAUCACCUAAAAUAAAAUGUAGGAAUUUCUACAGUCAAAGUCCGAGCGUUAGAGCGCUGAACUUGCAAUUCGGAAGCCCCGAAUUCAAGGCCUAGCCUUGUCCUUACCGCGUGCUGUGCUGAAUUUGUUCUCGGUAGUCCCGAAAUCAUGCCCUCGGCCACGCUAGUAAAUAACUACCUGGUUUGCCUCCGGCCAGUUGGGACUCUCAACCGUGUUAAGUUUGAUGUCAACUAUUUGUUUCAGAAAUUUCCUAGGCCCACUAGCAUGAGUGCUACAAAUAUUACCGAGGGUUAUCAUUAUCACUAUCGCUGAGGUGUCCGGCGGCAUACUUACGUCAGUGAUAAUCUUUUAAAACUUUCAGUAACACCAUGUCUCAGCACGUACAGUGGAAAAUGUUGUGCGCUUCCUUUUGUAUACCGCGGAGCUGCGGUAAGCCGCUGUCUGGUUGACCCACAGACUCAACGUUCUUGGUGCGCAACAACGCCCAACUUUGACAAGGAGAAAAAAUGGGGUUAUUGUCAACCAACAGGUACGUAAGAAAGUCUACACUAUCUGCUGGGUUCAAAAUUUUAUUCCUAGCACGCGACUUUGCAAACUAACGUUAGGAGCACCUAAAUCUUGUAAGCAUAAUAAACCCUUCCACGGUUCUUUCCACUUUUGACAUGGACCAGUUAGGGAAAAUCUGUUGACACCACUGGCAAGAGCGUCUAAAAUUUAGCAAAAUUGUCAAGUUUGAAAGUGAUAUGUCUUAAGCGAGCAAAGAUAUAGCGCCUCAAAGUCGUGGAAAUUUAUAGACGUUUGUAUAGUAUGGUGGGGAGCAAGUUUGUCCCCCCCCAAGUUUGUGCCCCCCAUACCACCAUGCGAACAUCUGUACAAUUUCGCGACUUUAAGGAGCUAUACCUCCGUUAAUUUUUAACAAACCACUUUCAAACUUGGCAAUUUUACUGAUUUAAAGGCGCUUUUUCCAGUAGUGCUGACGGAUUUUUUCUAAUUAACCCAUGUAAAAAGUAAAAAACAACCGUGGCAGGGUAAAUAUUUUCCGGAUGUUUAAAACACACAGCUACUAAGGCCUUUACCGUAUGAACGAAACCCUCAGACAAAGGCACUGAUAGCAGAGAUGGUCAGGAUUGUAAGUAUGGAAGGAAAACAAACAAACAAACAAGCUAAAAAGCUAAACAAAAAGCCAAUGAAAUCUUGAAAUUAUACUGACAACAAUGGGCCAUUUGCGCGAUGGCGUCAUUUUACUACUAAGACCAGAAUCCUUUUCGUUUUUCUUUUCAUAUUCAAAUUUGGUCAUCCCAGCAAGGUUUAAAUAACAAAACCCCUAAUUUCCACUAGAAAGGGUGCCCCUGCUAUUUAACCUGUGACGACAGCGCUCUAAAUGCCUAAAACAGCUAUUGUGCAUGCUCUGCCAUCAAAUGAUUUUAAAAUCUCAUUAUUUCUUUUCCUUUUAGAUCAUCGUACACAGCACAUUGCUCCAGUUAUUAGGAGCUAUCUUCCGCGGUCACCUGGUCAGCAGUCUCGGCAAUUGAUAGGUCAGUGCUCCGUGACCUGUGAACGAUUUUGUAUGAGUUGGUGCCCAAAGCAUUGUUGCGUCAUGGCUAAGCAUCGAUAAAGCACUUUAUAGGCUUAGUAAAUCAAUGGCUAGCUUACGCACCUACGAAAGCGACGUCAGCGAAAACGUUGCUUAAAAAGAGAAUUCGCGCUCUAACAAGCAUAUCGUCAGUGAUUAUUUUGUUUUGUACUCCUCUCAGCAACGAGAGGAGUAUGUGACUCGAGGGAAUGUCUGAAAUUCAGGCUACUCUUAAACGAUGUGAUAAAAAUUGCCGGCUCCGAAACGAAAUACUAUGGUGAUGCCUACAAGACGCAGAUUUAG